AUGAUACACAUUAUUUCUAAUUCUCUGUGUCUCUCUACCCAUUUCUCUCUAUAUCCGUGUCUCUCUCUCUCUCUCUCUCUCUCUCUCUCUUUUUUCCUUUCUCUCAUACACACCCUUAUUUUUCUUCUGCAUUUUUUGGAAGCAUCGGAAUCCCUUUCUUGUGACAUUAUCUGCCAUCUUUGGUGUGUAGAGACAUGUCGACCGGACGACCGAGUCGUCAGUCUCCAAGAAUCUCCCGAUCGUCAACACGAUUACCACAAACGUCAGCUCACAACACUAACCUUAUCGCUGACACAAUUUUAUUUCGGUGAUGACGCAUCCUUUCCACACCCACAAUUCUUUAUUUUCUUUGUCACUUCCUUCGUUUCAUUUUUUUUUUUUUAUCUUUUUCCAUUAUUUCAUUAUUUUCUUUAUAUUUCGAUUCGUUUUCAACUCAAUCCCUCCAUUUUUAUUUCAUCACUUAUUUUGUUUCUUUUUCAUUGUUCUUAUUUUUUUUUCUCUAUAGAUCAAAAUUUCUUUCUUUUUAUCUUUUGUUUUUUCUUUGUUUGUCUGCUUUUUUGUUCUUUCUUUCUUUCUUUCUUUUCUAAUUUAAUUCAUACUUUUUUAAUUCAUACUUCUCACAAUGAUUACAUAUUUCAUUCUUUCUUUUUUUAUAUAUUUCAUUCUUUCUUUAUUCUCAUUUUAUUUUUAUUUUUCAUUCAAAAUCCAUCACCGUUUAUUCAUGCUUAA